AUGGCAGGAGCUGAAUGCUUGCUUAUUUAUUAUUCCGGUGAGCGUAGCGAAGAUCAGCAAUUGACAGAUACACUAACAUACGAUAUGGAAAAUAACGACACAGAACGUGUCAACGAGCGGAAGCUCCCUCUUGAAGGUGGUGACCCCCCGCCUGGUAAUAGAUCUACCACAACAGGCAAGCAAAGUCAGUCUGCCGACUAUUGGAACAGAGUUCUGGUUGACAGCGAGUCUGCUGCUUUUCCAGCCCUCCCGCCAGCCAAAGGGCCACCGUUUAUAGACGAGGUCUCGAGCCAUCUGGUGUCUCAUCCACGCCGGCAAAGAUCCAAACUUCCAGUAUCAACUAUUGUUCAGGCUGCGUGGGCUCUUGUGGUUAGCCAAGCCACCAAUUCCAAAGAUGUUGUCUUUGGGGUUGUGACAGCUGGGAAUGAGAAGCCCGUGGCUGGAUACAAGUCUUCAGAGUCGCCAGGUUCCAUCUUGCCUAUGCGAAUCAAUGUGCAAAAUGGAAAGAAGAUCUACGACUACCUGGAAACCGUUCAAACCCAGAUUUCAAACAUGCCGCUGUUUGAGCAAGAUGAUCUGGAGCGAACGGCCGAUCUUGGAGCGGACAUGCAACAGGCUUGCAUGGUACAGACCUUGCUUUAUGAAAAGAUGCAAGAGAAUGGUAGUUUUGGUCAAGUACUCGAGAAGAAAAAAGUCCUUGAUACAAACCAACAGAACACGGGUUGCACUCUCAUACUGGAACUUCAACAUGGUAGCGACCAGACCAGGAUGACGGCACAUUUUGAUUCGAGAGCAAUUCGUCCCUGGAUGAUGGGAAGCCUGCUACAACAAAUGGACCACGUCAUACAGAAGUUUCACGCAGCCAGUUCUGAAGAAAGAAUCUCUGAUAUUGAGACGUUGGCCGUCAAAGACCGAGAGAAGAUAUGGCAAUGGAACGCCACGGUCCCGGAGUCUUUCGACCAUUACGUCCAGGACAGGAUCCGGGAACGCGCUGCCCAUCCAACCGACCAGGCUGUACGCGCAUGGGAUGGCGAGUUAACAUAUGGCCAACUGGAUAGCUUUGCCACAAGACUGGCUCGCCAGCUGGUCAAGGAUGGUGUCAAGCCGGACACCAUUGUGCCGUUGUGCUUUGAGAAGUCAAUGUGGACAACUGUUGCCAUGUUUGGCGUUCUGAGGUCUGGCGCGGCUUUUGCAUUAAUGGAUCCUUCGCUGCCGGUGAAGCGUCUUCAAUCCAUGGUGAGGGAAACCGGAGCGACUGUCCUCAUCUCUUCACGUUCCAACCAUGAUCUUGGAAUGAAACUAGUGUCCCGUGUGGUCAUUCUCGAUGAGCAGUCCAUGGCGACAUGGGAUGUCCAAACAAGCGUCCAGUUGCCAGUCCCAAGCCCAGCAUCUGCCGCAUACGCCAUCUUCACCUCAGGAAGCACGGGAACCCCGAAAGGGACAGUCAUAACCCAUCGCAACAUAUCAUCGGCUUUACAUCACCAGAAGAAGAGCCUGAAGCUCACAUCAAAGACCAGAAUGUUCGACUUUACCUCAUAUAGCUUCGAUAUAUCCAUCUAUACCGUCUUUGCUACUUUGACGAUGGGUGGCUGCGUGUGCGUUCCAGAUGAGAAGAGUCGACGGGACAAUCUAGUAGAGGCCAUUGCGCAUUCCGAAGCAAAUGCCAUUAUCUUGACCCCGUCUGUGGCACGGCUCCUGGACCCAGACAACUGCCCUCGGCUGGAAUUGAUCCUUUUCGCUGGCGAGGCAGUUCAUGAAAGAGAUGUUAAACCUUGGUGGGGGAGGGCACGUAUUAUAAACUUGUAUGGACCAAGCGAGUGCACCCCAGUAAGUACUCUCGCCUGCGAUCCGGCGACCAUGGAGGAGGCUACCCGUAUAGGCAAAGGCGCCGGUCAUGUCACCUGGAUCGUGGACCCAGAGAACCACGACCGCCUACUACCACCUGGAUGCAUAGGCGAGCUUCUUCUGGAAGGACCUCUCGUCGGCCGUGGCUACCUGAAUGACUUGGAGAAGACAGCCGCGGCCUUUAUCGAAGCCCCGAGCUGGUUGGUUCAGGGAAUCUCCGGUAGCAGAGGACAGCGUGGCCGUCUCUAUAAGACUGGUGACUUGGCUCGGUACGAUGACGAAGACGGAAGUCUCGUGUUCGUCGGCCGAAAAGAUGAGCAGGUAAAACUCCGUGGCCAGAGAGUCGAGCUGGGAGAGGUGGAACACUGGGUCCAAGCAUGCAUGCCCAAGGUGAAGCGGGUGGUGGCUGAAGUGAUUGUGCCGCAAGGUGAGAGCUCAAGCCCAAUGCUGGUUGCUUUUCUCCAGAGAGACGAGGAUGCCCCAGCAGCAAAAGGGCAUACUCCAAGUGAGGAUGAGGCUGGCCCAAAGAUCAUGACUGUUCCUGCUGGUGUAGAGAGCCAGUUGCGUCAGCAUCUGCCAAGCUAUAUGAUUCCAACGGCCUUUUUGUCUAUGCACACGCUACCAAUGACAGCCACGGGGAAGAUGGACCGGAGGCAACUGCGCAAAUUUGGCCGGUCCUUUUCUGCGAAACAGUUUGCUGAGGUACGAACAGCGGGAUCCGGGCCCAAGCGGAAGCCAUCCUCUCAAGCGGAGCAGUGCCUACAGAAGAUCUGGGCAAGCGUUCUCGGCAUCGACGAUGUCAGUAUCGGGUUAGAUGACAGCUUUGUUCACUUGGGAGGUGAUUCUGUUGCGGCAAUGAAGGUUGCAGGCGGGGCCCGAAAGCUGGGUUUCGCUGUGGGAGCUGCCGAUAUCUUUCGGCAUGGCACCUUGGAACGGAUUGCUAAGGAAGCGGUUUCCUUGGCCGACUGUCAGGCCGCUGGAAUUGUAGCAACUGAGCAUGCCGGGCCUGUCGAGCAGUCCUUCGCCCAGGGACGGCUGUGGUUCCUUGAUCAGCUCCAUCCCGGAUUGACAUGGUAUCUGAUACCCUACGCUGUACGGCUACGCGGGUCAUUGAAACUUGAAGCACUUGACAUCGCCCUCUCUGCGGUAGAACGACGUCAUGAAUCACUUCGAACGACAUUCUCAUCGGUUGACGACGUCAACGUGCAACAUGUCCACCCUUUUAGAGCAAAGAAGCUGAGAGUGGUCGACUUUGAUAGCGAGGAAGACAUUCAGUGUCAACUACGCAAAGACCAGAGCACCCCCUUUGAUCUUCAAACAGAAGCAGGGUGGAGGGUUUCCGUUUACCGAAUGUCUUCUGAUUGUCAUAUUUUGUCAAUCGUUAUGCACCACAUCAUCUCGGACGGUUGGUCGGCCGACGUCCUCAGAAGGGACUUGGCUACGUUUUAUUCCCAGGAUAUCCGGGGCCACGAAGAUCCACUCUCGCAAAUGGACCCGUUACCGAUCCAAUACUGUGAUUAUUCAAUCUGGCAGAAGCAAAAGCAUCAGCUUGACGAACACCAGCGCCAGAUGGAGUACUGGGUUGCUCAGUUGGAAACUAGUCGACCGGCUGAACUACUGUGCGAUAAACCAAGACCAUCAGCACUAUCUGGCCAGGCCAGUACCAAAGAUGUUCGUAUUGAGGGAGGACUCUACCGUCGCCUACAGGAGUUUUCUAGAGGCCAAGAUCUGACCCUGGUUACUACGCUCCUGGCUGCUUUCAGGGCUACCCAUUUUCGCCUUACGGGCGUGGAUGAUGCCGUGGUGGGCAUACCAAACGCCAAUCGGGCCCAGUGGGAAAUCAAAGAUGUGAUAGGCUUCUUCGUGAAUAUGCAAUGCAUCCGAACCACGGUGCAGGAAGAUGAGUCCUUUUUACAGCUAGUUCAUCAGGUCCAUCAGCGCACCAUUGACUCCUUGGCCAAUCAGGAUGUGCCCUUUGAACAGAUUGUUUCCGGCCUGAAUGUAGAAAGAGACUUGUCUCGUCACCCGCUUGUUCAAAUGGUUUUUGCCUUACAUCCCCAAGAGGAUCUGGGCAAGUUCACGCUGGAGAAUCUUGCUUCUGAGCGAUUGCCUCCUAUAACUACCACCAGGUUUGACAUCGAGUUUCACUUCUAUCAAGAGAAGGAUGCUCUGCGAGGGCAGAUUGUAUUCUCAACCGAUCUCUACAAGCUAGAUACGAUUGAUAAUGUGGUCUCUAUCUUUUACAAGGUCCUGGAACGAGGACUCAUCGAACCCCAAACGGCAGUUGCAUCUCUGCCAAUCUUUAGUAGUACAGAUAAAACUAUACUCGAGGAAAUGGGCCUGAUGCAUAUUCACAGAACUUCGUAUCCUCGAGAGGAGAGCAUAGUCGAUGUGUUUCGUCAACAGGUAGCUGCCAAUCCUGAAAGAUUGGCCAUUAGGGACUCCUCCACUGAGCUGACGUAUUCCCAACUGGAUCACCAGUCAGAUCUGCUGGCUAUGUGGCUUGUGGACCAAUCCUUUGAGACAGAGGCACUCAUCGGAGUGCUCGCUAAUCGAUCGCACCAGACUAUCAUCGCAUUCCUUGGCAUUCUAAAAGCUCAUAUGGCCUACCUACCGAUUGACAUGGAAACUCCAGCUGCAAGGAUGGAGGUGAUGCUGUCGUCAAUACCAGGGAGGAAGCUUAUACUGCUCGGCUCCGGCAUAGAGCGUCUCAAGCUUCAGCAAGAGGUCGACUUCACUUACAUUGACGACAUCCUCCAUGAACAGAAUAGGACUGCCGCAAGUAGCAGGGUCCCAAGGCUUAGGACCUCAUCGCCGUCCGCGACCAGCCUUGCCUACGUCAUGUUCACUUCUGGCUCUACGGGCCAGCCAAAAGGUGUUUUAGUAGAACACCGCGGAAUAGUAAGAUUGGCAAAGGAGCAUCAGUUAUUGCAGUGCUUAUCAACUCCUACAAAUAUGGCACAUAUCUCAAACAUAGCAUUCGACGCUGCGACAUGGGAGAUGUAUGUUGCUUUGCUCAAUGGUGGCACUCUCGUCUGCAUUGAUAGAAUGACGGUGCUGGACUAUGUCAGGCUGCCUCGCGUGUUUUCCGAAGCAGGAGUUAAUGUGGCCGUGAUUACACCAGCAUUGGUCAAGCAGUAUCUGCGUCAAUGCCCGCAAGCGAUUCAAGGGCUGGAGUUGCUUUAUGUCGGGGGAGAUAGGUUCGACCCUGAGGACGUUCUUGCGACACGCAGACAGACAAAAGCAACUAUUGUGAAUGGUUAUGGGCCAACCGAAAAUACAACCUUUAGUUCACAGUACCGCAUUCCGGAUAACGAGCCAAGUACCAACGGGGUUCCUAUUGGGCGUGCAAUCAGCAACUCGGGCGUAUAUGUAAUGGACUCCAGACAGUUCAUUGUUCCGCUGGGUGUUGUUGGAGAGCUCGUUUUGACCGGCGACGGCCUUGCGAGAGGGUACCUGAACCCUCAGCAAAACGCGAACCGGUUCAUUACAGUGACAAUCGACGGGAAGCAGGUCAGGGCGUAUCGAACCGGCGACUGUGUACGCUAUCGCUUAGAUGGCCAGCUCGAGUUCCUUGGGCGCAUAGAUGGCCAGGUCAAGAUCAGGGGCCAGCGUGUCGAGCUGGGAGAAAUCGAACACGUUCUACGCAGUCACGACGCGGUCAAUAACGCCAUCGCCGUCCUUAAGCAAGAUAAACAGGAGUCAUGCGUCAUGGGCUUUGUGACCCUUCGAGCUGAUGCGGUUGCGUCUGAGCAGCAGUCGGAUCAGGAUGAGGAAACACAGAUUGUGGACGAGUGGGAGGAGCGCUUUGAUGUCGAGACUUACACGGCUCUGGACAACAUCAAACCCGCUGCCAUUGGUAGGGACUUCAUGGGAUGGGUCUCCAUGUACAACGGGAAGGACAUUGAUAAAGGAGAAAUGAACGAAUGGCUUGCUGAUACUAUUAAAAGCUUGCUGAAUGGCGCGCCUCCACGAUAUGUGCUCGAGAUUGGAUCGGGUUCGGGCAUGAUUGUCUUCAACUUGUUGGAUGGAUUGCAAAGCUACGUGGGGCUCGAUCCAUCCGCAAGAGCUGUCCAGUUCAUCAGCAAGACUGCACAAUCUAUUUCUGGUCUGGCAGACAAAAUGAAGAUGUAUAAAGCCACGGCUGCAGACCUCAACAAGCUGAGCCUACCUGUUAAACCUAACAUGGUCAUAUUUAAUUCUGUUCUACAAUAUUUCCCCAGCCAGGACUACCUGUCUACGGUUAUCGCUGAUAUCCUGGACCUGGGUGGUGUUGAAACUAUCUUCCUUGGCGAUGUUCGAUCCUACGCCCUACACAGGGACUUCCUAUCGAUGCGAGCACUGCAUAUCGCUGGUGGACACGCGCGUCGGAAACAGUUCAAACGAAUUGUAGAUGACAUGACUCGAGCCGAGUCGGAAUUCCUGGUUGACCCAGCCUUUUUCACGGCUUUGCUUGACCGCUUCCCAGAUAAAAUUGAACACAUAGAGAUCUUGCCAAAGAGGAUGCACGCUACUAACGAGCUCAGCGCGUAUCGUUACGCUGCAGUCAUUCACGCCAAAGUUCAAGGCAGGCAGCAUCGAGAAAUUCAUCAAGUCGGCGACGAUGACUGGAUCAACUUCAAAGAACGGGGCUUGGAUCACCACUCUCUCUUUCAAAUGCUGGAGCGCAAUCCAACGUCCUCUGUUUUGGCGGUAGAGAAUAUUCCUUAUAGCAAGACCGCCUUUGAAAGACACAUGGUCGAAUCAUUAGACAAGUACGGUAGUGACAUGUCAAACGACACCAGUUGGCUUCGGCAGGCUCGUGAGGAGGCUCAACGCGCCCCAUCUCUCUCCCCAAUGGACUUGGAGGACAUGGCCCGACAGCUCGGCUACCGAGUCGAGAUCAGCUGGGCCCGGCAAUAUACUCUACGCGGCGGCUUGGACGCAGUGUUUCACCGUAUUGUUCCCCAAGACCACGCGGAGAGCAGAGUUCUGUUUAGAUUUCCCGACGACCAUCAAGGCCGGCAGAGCGUCUCAUUCAGCAGUCAACCCCUUCUCCAUCAACUGAAACAGACAACGCAGAAGCAGCUUUAUGAGAUCUUACGGAGCAAGUUGCCUCCUCACAUGGUCCCGCAACAAGUGACGGUCCUGGAUGAAAUGCCCGUCAAUGCAAAUGGAAAGGUCGAUCGUCAGCUCUUAAAGAGCAGCUUCCAGCCCAGGAAGACCCGCCAAGGGCCCGCCCGGCAGUCUCUGUCGGAAUCGGAGCGGCAAAUGCAGAAGAUAUGGGCAGAGGUCCUUGAGAUGGAACUUGCCGAAGUUGGUCUAGAUGACAACUUCUUCCAUAUCGGUGGCAACUCGAUCGCCGCAAUGAAGAUCGUACACAAGGCUCGAAAACUGGGUUUGGUGCUGGCCGUAUCUGACAUCUUCCGCCAUCCAGAGUUACAGGCAGUAGCUAGGCAGGCAAGCGAUACGGCGUCUACCAAGGGCGACAUCAUUUACCAUACGGACAAUAGGAGAGAGGCGAAACAAUCAUUUGCUCAAGAGCGCUUGUGGUUCUUGGAGCAGCUGUAUCCAGGCCUGACGUGGUAUUUGAUGCCGUUCGCCUUACGCAUUAAUGGACCACUCCGGCUUGAUGCUCUCAAUACUGCACUUCAUGCUUUGGAACGCCGUCAUGAAACCCUCCGUACCGUCUUCAGGUCCCAUGAUACUGUUAACUUGCAGGAAGUUCGACCCUUUGAGCCUAAGCCCCUGAAUGCGGUAGACCUCACCUCAAAUCAGGAAGCUGUGACAGAUGCAUUAGAAAAGGAUCAAACGACCCCAUUUAACUUGGAGGCUGAGCCAGGCUGGAGGAUCUCCCUCUACCAGCUUGAGAAGGAAAGCUUCAUAUUGUCCGUUGUUAUCCAUCACAUAAUAGGCGAUGGUUGGUCAGUUGAUGUUUUGCGAAGAGACCUGGCUGCCUUUUACACUGCUGCCACCCGCGGGCAAAAUCCGCUGUCUCAAGUCGCUCCACUGCCAAUCCAAUACCUUGACUAUUCAAUCUGGCAAAGGCAACAGGAUCAAAUCAGCGAGCAUGAGCGUCAGUUGAAGUACUGGGUUACGCAGCUAGAGCCAAGCCGGCCAGCGGAGCUGCCUGCAGACAAGGUCAGGCCGCCUACGCUGUCUGGGCGAGCAGGGAUCCAUACGCUGUCGAUUGACGGCGUGCUGUAUGAUGAAUUGCAGAGAUUUUCUAAAGAGUAUAGCGUCACCUCCUUUAUUGUGCUGCUCGCGGCGUUCAGGGCCGCACACUUCCGUAUCACAGGUGUAAAUGAUGCUACAAUUGGUAUUCCCAAUGCAAACCGUAAUAGGUGGGAAGUGGAGGAUAUUAUCGGUUUCUUCGUCAAUAUGCAGUGUAUCCGUAUUAAGAUUGAUGAAGAAGAAGGCUUUGAAGACUUGGUGCAACAAGUCAAGGCAGCAACGGUUGCUUCAUUUGACAACCAGGAUAUUCCAUUUGAGCAAAUAGUGGCCAAGUUGCAAAAGGACAGAGACCUGUCCCGGCACCCGCUUGUUCAAAUUGCCUUUGCUGUUCAUUCUUAUAUGGAUCUGGGACAGUUCCAGUUCCAGGGAGUUGAAACGGAAGUGCUCACUCCGAUUGAAUCCUCGAGAUUCGAUGUCGAGUUCCAUCUUUACCAGGAGCAAAACCGGCUUCGCGGCGAGAUUAUCUAUGCCCAGGACCUGUAUCAUCCAGAAACUAUACACAAUAUGACUGACGUUUUCAUUGGGCUUUUGCACCAAGGCCUUGCCAAGCCUGCAGCACCUAUUGCGUCACUUCCACUUCUGACGGAUGCUGGUCGUGCUGCGUUGGAACAGAUGGGCCUGCUGCGCAUUCAAAAAACAGACUACCCUCGAGAAUUGAGUGUAGUCGAUCUUUUCCAGCAGCAAUCAGCUAUCCAUCCCAACAGAGUGGCUGUGAAAGACUCUUCUUGCCAGUUGUCAUACGCUCACCUGGAUGAAAGAUCUGACAAACUUGCCCGGUGGCUGUCCGAGAAGUCGAUGGCACCGGAAGCCCUGGUCGGAAUUCUUGCAAGUCGAUCUUGCGAGACGAUUGUUGCCUUUCUGGGUGUUCUCAAGGCCCAUUUAUGUUAUCUGCCACUCGACGAGAAAACGGUAGCAAGCAGAGUGGAAACCAUUCUAUCAUCUAUUCAUGGACAAAAGAAACUUGUUCUACUCGGAGCUGGCAUGAAGCCGCCUAAACUGCAGCUUCAAGAUGUCGAGUAUGCUUACAUCCAGGAUGUUCUUGAAAAUCAGGAUACGAAGUCAAACAGUUCAUCUUCGCUAAGCAAAUACAACGCACCGGGGGCCAAGAGCCUUGCAUAUGUCAUGUUUACCUCUGGGUCAACAGGUCAGCCCAAAGGUGUCAUGAUCGAGCACGGCAACAUCAUAAGGCUCGUAAAGGGAAACAACAUGACCGCUCACCUGCCUGACGAAAUUAUCAUAAUGGCUCACAUGUCGAAUAUUGCGUUCGAUGCCGCUACUUGGGAGAUCUAUGCCACCUUGCUUAAUGGUGGCACACUCAUUUGCAUAGACGCAAUGACGAUGCUGGACCCUUUUGCCCUUGCCGAUAUAUUCUCUAGCGAAGAUAUCAAGACCAUGCUCAUCACACCAGCCUUGUUAAGCCAGUAUCUCCUUCAAUGCCCUACUUUACUCAAUAGUAUAUGCACACUCGUCGUUGGAGGGGACCGUGCAGAGCCAGAAAACCUGAAAUCCGCGAGAAGGCUAAUAAAGGGCGAGAUCCUGAAUGCUUAUGGACCUACCGAGAAUACAGUUGCCAGUACCGUUUACUGUAUCCCAGAUUCUGAGAGUUUUGCCAACGGGGUUCCAAUCGGCCGAGCACUCAGUAAUUCAGGAGCCUACGUCAUGGAUCCGGAGCAACAGCUUGUGCCAUUGGGUGUUAUGGGUGAGCUCGUCGUCACGGGUGAUGGACUAGCCAGGGGCUACAUGGAUUCUCACCAGAACAAGAACCGGUUCAUCACAAUCACAACCGGCAAGAAUCAGCCGCCGGUUAGUGCGUACAGAACAGGAGACUAUGUGCGCUAUCGUCCGUCGGAUGGCCAGCUGGAGUUCUUUGGUCGUAUAGACGGCCAGGUCAAGAUUCGUGGUCAACGUGUUGAGCUAGGGGAGAUUGAGAACACGCUGCGUGGCUGCAGUGGCGUGGAAGAUGCUGUGGCUAUUACGCAACAUGACGAUUACCAGGGCACAAGUAUUGCCGGGUUCAUCACCGUCAAGGAAGAGUUCGCGGAGAUCGCCGACUCCCAGCAACCCGGUCAAGAGUCAGCUCUGGUUGAGACUUGGGAAAAUAAUUUCGACACCGAAACCUAUGCUCAGAUUGAUAGUACAGUCAAAGUAGACUUGAUUGGGAGGGAUUUCAUUGGCUGGACAUCCAUGCUGGACGGCAAUGAUAUUGACAAAGGGGAGAUGAAUGAGUGGCUUGAUGACACUAUCAGCACAAUUUUGAACAACCACUCCCCAAAGAACGUGCUUGAGAUAGGAACUGGAUCUGGUAUGAUUCUUUUCAACCUAGGCGAAGGCGUAAAGAGUUAUAUCGGGAUUGAGCCAUCUGCAAGGGCCUGUCAAUUCGUUACCGAAACAGCAAACGCGACCCCGAGAUUGAAAAAUCGGGUCAAAAUGUUCAAGGGUACAGCCGCAGACGUUGCUCAGCUAAAAAUUGACAACUCGCCGGAUUUUGUUAUUUUGAAUUCCGUUGUGCAGUAUUUUCCCAGCCAAGACUAUCUCUUCAAGCUUGUGCAGAGCCUCCUCCAUUUAGAGGAUGUAAAGACUAUCUUCCUUGGCGAUGUCCGAUCACAUGCUUUGUACAGGGAUUUUCUGGUAUCACGAGCCCUGCACAUGGUUGGGGAAAAUGUGUCCAAGUCAGAAGUUCGCCGAAUCGUCACCGACUUCGAGAGAGCAGAGUCAGAGUUGCUUGUUGACCCGUCGUUCUUUACUGGGCUGCUUAAGUGCAUGCCUGAUCGAAUCGAGCAUGUUGAAGUUCUCCCAAAGCGAAUGAACGCGACGAACGAGCUGAGUUGCUAUCGUUAUGAUGUGGUCAUUCAUGUUAAAGCUGAGGGUCAAAGACAGAGAGAUCUACAUCAGGUGAACCAAUCUCAAUGGGUUAAUUUCAUGGGUCAAGGACUGGACCGUCAAUCUCUUCAAAGAGCCUUACAACAAACCCAAGAAAAAAGAGGCAUUCUUGCUGUGAGCAACAUCCCAUCUCAGAAGACGAUCGCUGAGAGACAUAUGGUUGCUUCGCUUGAUGAAGAAGAAGACGAAACUCUCGAAAAUACUAGUUGGGUUUUAUUAGCCCGUCAAAAGGCCAGAAAAUGCCCAUCCCUAUCGGCUGUUGAUUUGGUCGAAAUUGCCAAACUGGAAGGAUACUGUGUCGAUAUCAGCUGCGCCCGUCAAUACCCUCAGCGCGGUGGACUUGAUGCCGUCUUCCACCCUUGUCAACGAGGGGACUCGAACACAAAGCUGUUUCAGUUCCCUGUGGACCGAGAUGAGCGACCGUAUUAUAUACUUGCGAGUCAGCCACUAAAGCAGCAAGUCAGACAGACCGUACAAUCUAGGGUGUAUGAGGUCCUUCGGGCUAAGCUCCCAUCUUACAUGGUUCCCGAAGUCGUCACCAUCCUUGACAAGAUUCCAAUCAAUGAAAACGGCAAGGCUGAUCGCCGGGCUCUUCUCAAAAUUCUAGAGGGUCGUACUGCAGUGCGAAAGAAUGUACGGCAGCCUGUUUCAGAGGCAGAGCGCCAGAUACAACAAAUAUUCGGCAAGGUCCUUGGUAUCCAGACAACUACUAUUGGUGUCGAUGAUAGCUUCUUCCAUCUUGGCGGGAACUCUAUUGCUGCUAUGAAGGUGGUUGGUGAAGUCCGCAAGAUUGGGCUCAAACUAUCCGUAGCUGAUAUCUUCCGCUCCCCAGACGUACAGGGGAUAGCCAAACAGGCGUACAUAUCCACUCGCAACACAUCCAAUGUCAUAUCACCAAGUGACAGCCUCGGGCCAGUUGAGCAAUCAUUUGCGCAGGAGCGUCUGUGGUUCUUGGAGCAACUGUAUCCAAACUUGACAUGGUAUCUGAUGCCCUUUGCAACGUGGUUACGUGGCCCAUUGCAGAUUUCCGCCCUUAGUGACUCACUACUUGCCUUAGAACGCCGCCAUGACAUAUUGCGUACAACAUUUAAAUCAAUGAAUGGUGUCAAUAUUCAAGCAGUGCAGCCGUUUCAACCGAGGGAGUUGAAGGUGGUUGAUAUUGAUGAGCAGGCCCUUCAUGACGAGUUGCACAAAGAACAGACCACGCCUUUCAACCUACAGACUGAACCUGGCUGGAGACCCGUGUUGUUUCGACUGGGUGAGGAUUACUAUGUUCUAUCCAUUGUCAUGCACCAUAUUAUUUCCGAUGGCUGGUCUGUCGAUGUUAUUCGUCGAGAACUGGCACAUUUCUAUACUCUCGCUCUACUCGACCACGAUCCCCUUUCACAGAUAGAACCUUUACCUGUGCAAUAUCACGACUUUUCCACUUGGCAGAGACAAGAACAAGUCAAGGAGCAUGAAAGGCAGCUUGAGUACUGGGUCAAGGAGCUAAGGACCGGCCGCCCGGCAGAGUUGCCCUCUGAUAUACCUCGCCCUGCAGUCCUUUCCGGAAACGCGGAUAUCAAAGAAAUCCGGCUUGACGGAAUGCUUUAUGACCGUCUGCAGGCUUUCUGCAAGAAGAGAGCCGUUACACCAUUUGUGGUGCUCCUUGCUACCUUCAGAGCUACACAUUUCUAUCUGACUGGAAGUAGUGAUGCGACAAUCGGUAUUGCAAAUGCUAGUCGGGACCGAUGGGAGCUCAAAGACCUAAUUGGCUUCUUUGUCAACAUGCAGUGCAUCAGAACAAAGAUAGAAAGUGAUUCAUUUGAGGAGUUAGUUGAACAGGUCCAGAAGUCCAUGGUUGCAUCUUUUACGAACCAAGAUGUUCCGUUUGACCGUAUCGUAUCCGAUUUGCAGGUGGAGAGGGACCUCUCUCGCCACCCUUUGAUACAAAUUGUCUUUGCCUUACACUCGCAGCUGAAUUUAGGUACUCUAGAAUUCGAAGGGAUCGAGUCAAGUCCGGUAAUUGUUCCAGAAACCUCACGGUACGAUCUAGAGUUCCACUUCUACCAAGAACAGGGCGCUCUUCAAGGAAAUCUGAUGUAUUCAACCGACCUGUAUCAUUCUGCAACAGUUGAAAACUUGCUCUCGAUUUUUAGAAAAAUACUUGAGCAAGCUCUGAUUGAGCCUAGUUGCGAAAUUUCGUCGCUUUCCUUGCUGGAAAACGACGAUUAUUGCACCCUAGAUAGGUUAGGUCUGGUACAGAUCCAUACGACAGACUACCCACGAGACUCCAGUAUAGUAGACGUCUUCCGUCUUCAGGCUGAAGCAACUCCAUAUCGAGUAGCUGUGAAAGAUUCGUUCACAGAAUUAUCAUACCACCAGCUGGAUCGGGAAUCUGAUACACUCGCUCAGUGGUUGGCACAACGAAUGCUUCCAGCAGAGACCCUGGUUGGGGUGCUCGCAGCCAGGUCCUGUCACGCAAUCACUGCCUUCUUGGCGAUUCUCAAGGCAAACUUGGCAUACUUGCCACUCGAUGUCAAGUCCCCUGUUUUACGUAUACAGACGAUUCUGUCAUCAGUUCAGGGGCAUACGCUCGUCCUACUUGGCCCUGACACACAGAUCCCAGCAGCACAGCUCGACAAUGUAGAGUUCAUCCGCAUUGCAGAUAUACUAGACAAGAAAGCGGAUAUUAUCGGGUCGUCAAUACCGUGUGCUGCGCCGAAACCUGACAGCCUUGCCUAUGUUAUGUUCACUUCGGGCUCCACGGGGCAGCCAAAAGGCGUGAUGAUAGAACACCGUAGUGUUCUAAGACUAGCUAAGAAGAAUAACAUGGUGCAGCAUCUGCCCACAGCAGUCAUCACGGCACACAUAUCAAACCUUGCAUUCGAUGGUUCCACUUGGGAGAUAUAUUCAACCUUGCUUAACGGAGGCACGUUGAUAUGUGUUGAUUCCAUGGCCGUUUUGGACUACAACGCGCUGCCCAGAAUUUUCAAUCAACAUCAUGUCCAAGCCCUGUUUAUUACACCUGCCUUGCUGAAACAAUAUCUAACGCAAUGUCCAAGUGUCAUCAGUUCACUAUCGGCAUUGUAUGUAGGUGGUGAGCGAGGAGAUCCAGAUGAUCUUUUAGCAGCACGAGAUAUGAUCCAGGGCAGCGUGCUUCACGUUUAUGGACCGACUGAAAACACGGGCAUGAGCACGGUAUACCACUUGCAAGACAAGGAUGUCUUUUCUGAGACUGUGCCAAUUGGGCGCAGCCUUAAUAACUCAGGAACACUUGUUAUGGAUUCGCAACAACGUCUCGUGCCUCUAGGGGUCGUUGGCGAACUUGUCGUAACAGGUGAUGGCCUAGCUAGAGGAUACACAGACUCGCAAAAAGAUGCCGAACGUUUUGUUUUCGUCAAAGUAGGGAGAUCAAGACUAAGAGGCUACCGGACAGGAGACUACGUAAGGUGCCGCCCAACAGAUGGCCUACUAGAAUUUAUUGGCCGAAUAGAUGGACAAGUCAAGAUCCGCGGAAACCGGGUUGAGCUAGGAGAAAUUGAGCAUGCUAUCCGAAGCCACAGUGGUGUAAACGACGCUGUUGCUAUCUUACACAAGGAUGGUGACGAACCGCAGAUCACCAGCUUCAUUACAAUUCACCAGGCCGAGCCUCAGGGGGCCAAGUUGGCAGACGAUCACGAAGCGGAGCUUGUCCAAGAAUGGGAGACACGAUUCGACUCGGAUACCUACAGUCAGAUUGAUACUGUACAGACCGAGAAGAUAGGAAGAGAUUUUGUUGGCUGGACGUCAAUGUAUGACGGGAGCCAGAUCGAAAAGGAGGAGAUGACUGAAUGGUUGGAAGAUACACUCACACUACUCAGCCAUGGCCCUCAGGGCCAUAUUUUGGAGAUUGGCACAGGAUCUGGGAUGAUUCUUUUCAACAUGGUGGGUGGAGGUGGACUAAAAAGCUAUGUUGGUCUUGAGCCAUCCUCCCGUGCCAUUGAUUUCGUCAACAAAACAGCAAGGGGGGUCCCCGAACUGGCUGGCAAGGUCAAGAUGUUCAAGGCAACUGCAGCAGACCUUCCUCGACUGAACAUAUCAACAUCGCCGGACCUUGCUGUCUUCAACUCCGUGGUUCAAUACUUCCCGAGUCAAGACUACCUGUUUGACGUUAUUCAUCAGCUUGUCCGAAUGGGCAGCAAGACAAUAUUCCUUGGCGAUGUACGGUCCUUUGCAUUGCAUAAAGAAUUCCUGGUAUCAAAGGCUCUUAGGGUGUCAGGAGAACGUCCAGCAAAGGAUGAGAUCUGCCGUAUGGUAGCGACCAUGGAACAAAUUGAAGGGGAGUUACUGGUCGAUCCGGUCUUUUUUACUGGUCUCCUCCGUCGGAUGCCAGACCAUAUUGAACAUGUCGAAAUUCUUCCUAAGAAAAUGCACGUCACGAAUGAACUCAGCUGCUACCGGUACGCCGUAAUUAUCCACACCAAAGCAAAGGAACGGCAGCCGAAGCGUAUCCGCGAUAUCAGCCCUGAUGCGUGGACCGACUUCGUGAAAGCAGGACUGAAUCGCCACUCGCUGGCUCAGCUUCUAGCCCACGAAUCAGCCUCGUCAGUUAUUCCCAUACGAAACAUUCCAAACAGCAAGACCAUUUUUGAGCGCUAUGUCGUCGAUGCUCUUGGCAACGCUGAAGAGGACAGAGCCAGCGAGAUAAGUUGGCUGUCAUCUAUACGUCAAAAAGCCCAGUCCUGUUCUUCUCUAUCGGCAGCUGUUUUGGUGGACAUGGCUACGGAGAUGGGCUACCAAGCCGAGAUUAGUUGGGCCCAACAACACUUACAACGCGGCGCUCUAGACGUCAUCUUCCACCGCCUCAAGCCAUCAGUUGAAGAGCAGAGAGUUUUGUUCAGGUUCCCAACAGAAGAUGGCACGAGCCGACCGUACCACACCCUGGCAAGCCAGCCGAUGAAGCAGCAGUUGACACAAGCCAUCCGAUCCAAAGUAUACGAAGGGCUAAAGAGCAAACUUCCACCAUACAUGGUACCGGCUACUAUUGUCGUGCUUGACAAAAUUCCAGUGAACAACAACGGCAAGGUCGAUCGUCGGGCGCUUCUGGAGCUCCGGCCUAGUCGAACAGCAGAACGGAAGACAUCUCGACAACCAGAAUCAAAAGCAGAGGCUCAGAUACAGGUAAUCUGGGGCCAAGUUCUGAAUAUGGCACCGAAUUCAAUUCGGAUGGACGACAGCUUCUUCCAGCUAGGAGGAAACUCAAUCACAGCGAUGAAGGUGGUUGGAGAGGCUCGCAAGUUAGGCUUGCAUAUCUCAGUCGCCGACAUCUUCCGCACCCCAUAUCUACAUGAUUUAGCAAAGCAGAGAGAGGUUCCCACUAAUGAUGCCGGUUCCGUAAUUCCAAGAACUGAAUAUGAUGGGCCGGUCUCACAAUCCUUCGCACAGGAGCGGCUCUGGUUUCUAGAUCGUCUCUAUCCUGACUCAACCUGGUAUCUCAUGACUUAUGCAUUCCGAAUCCGCGGUCCCCUCCAUCUUGGUGCGCUUCAAACGGCACUUCUUUCGCUGGUGCGACGUCACGAGACGCUCCGUACUACGUUCGCAUCUGCCAAUGACGUUAAUGUACAAAUCAUAAAUCCCUAUAAAGAAACGGAACUUGAGAUCACUCCAUUGCAUUCGAGUAGUGAUAGCGACGACAAUGACGCCCUUCUCAAAGUCAUUGAUGAACACCAGACAACACCUUUCAACCUGGAGAAAGAACCAGGCUGGAGAGUGAGGAUUUACCAGAUGAAUAAAGAAGAUCAUGUUUUGAGUCUCGUUAUGCAUCAUAUUAUAUCUGAUGGAUGGUCCACUGAUGUCGUUCGCAAGGAGCUUGCCUUAUUUUAUUCUGCUGCUCUUCACAACUCCCAGCCAUCAGUUGAGCCUUUGCCUAUUAACUAUCGGGAUUACUCGGUCUGGCAGAGACAGGAGAAUCAGGCUGCAGAUCACCAACGCCAGCUCAACUAUUGGGUUCAACACCUUGAAACAAGUCGGCCAGCGGAGCUUCUAUGUGAUAAGCCUCGCCCAGAAACGCUCUCAGGGGCGGCCAGUAUGCAUGAAUUUUCCAUCAAAGGUCCUGUUUAUGAACGACUACGGCAAUUUUGCGCAGAACGAGCUGUUACGCCUUUCAUCACACUACUCGCUGUCUUCAGAGCAACUCAUUAUCGCUUAACGGGUGUUACAGAUGCUACAAUUGGUUCACUAAACGCAAAUCGUGACCGUUGGGAACUGGAAAAUAUCAUUGGAUUCUUUGUCAAUAUGCAAUGUAUAAGAACCAAAGUUGACGGCAGCACAAUGUCCUUUGAAGAACUGGUGCGCCAAGUGCAAGCCACAACCAUCCAGUCUUUCACCAAUCAAGAUGUCCCAUUUGAGAGUAUUAAGGAAGACGCCUUUCAUGGCCAAGCAAUAUUUUCGACAGAUUUAUACUUGCCAGAGACUAUUGACAACCUAGUGUCCAUCUUCCAGAGAGUACUAGAUCAAGUUCUCGCGGAGCCCACGCUUUCGAUUUCCUCAUUACCGCUACUAAAGACCGAGGACUACUCCACGCUUGAUUCCAUGGGGCUUAUUCACGUGCAGACAACAGAUUAUCCCCGAGACUCCAGCAUUGUCGACAUAUUCCGUGAACAGGUGGUAAAAUACCCUAACCAUGUCGCGGUGAAGGAUUCUUCGUCAUCUACGUCUUUGACGUAUACGCAGUUGGACCAGGAAUCUGACCAUUUAGCUCAAUGCCUCCUCAAGAAGCAUCUCAAGCCUGAAACUAUAGUGGCUGUGCUUGCAACUCGAUCCUGCCACACCAUUACUGCAUUCCUGGGGAUUCUCAAAGCCAACCUUGCAUACUUGCCUCUGGAUGUACAAUCACCGACAGCUCGGAUAAAGGGCAUUUUAUCAUUUAUUCAUGACCAUAAAGUUGUUCUGCUUGGGCCCAGCGUUGAGUGCCCCGAAAUCCAGCUAGCUGAUCUGGAAUUCAUCCGAAUCGAGGACAUGAUCAAAGAAUCUCAAGUUCGUGACGGCCAAUCGAAGCCACAGGAUCUGCCCAAGCCGUCGCCUACAAGCCUCGCUUAUGUGAUAUUUACUUCCGGCUCAACAGGUCAGCCGAAGGGUGUCAUGGUCGAGCAUCGUGGUGUAGUGCGGCUUGUCAAACAUAGCAACAUGGCCAGUUUCUUACCAGAAUCGGCAGCCAUAGCCCACUUAACAAGUAUUUCCUUUGAUGUGUCCGCUUGGGAAAUGUUCGCCGCUCUUCUCAAUGGCGGUACAGUGGUUUGCAUCAGCAAGGAGACAGUUUUGGAAUACGAGGCUCUCAGGAAGGCGUUUGCUGUCAACCGGGUGCGAUCCGCUAUAUUCACGCCCGCACUCCUGAAGCAGCACCUCGAGGGAAGCCCCGCUACAAUCAAGAUGCUACAAACGGUUUAUGUAGCUGGAGACCGGGCCGAUGCUAAGGAUUUGUCCAUGGUCCGGCGACUCACGGGAGGCAAUGCUAUCAACGCCUACGGCCCAACAGAGAACUCGGUGAUAAGCACCCUCUAUUGUCUCCCCGAUGGCGAGGGAGACAGCUGUACCAACGGAGUGCCCAUCGGUCGAGCUAUAAGCAAUUCCGGUGCCUACAUCAUGGAUUCCCUCCAUCGUCUUGUUCCCCCUGGUGUCUUUGGCGAACUAGUCGUAACAGGCGAUGGUCUUGCCCGAGGUUAUGUAGAUUCUCAGCAAGAUGCUGGCCGGUUUAUCUCGGUACAAAUUGGUACGAAGCAAGCGAGGGCCUAUUGUACCGGAGAUUUUGCUCGAUGGAGGCCGGUUGACGGACAGAUUGAAUUCUUUGGGCGCAUGGAUGGCCAGGUCAAGGUUCGGGGCUACCGUGUUGAGCUGGGAGAAAUUGAACACCUUUUUCGCAGUCACAGCGGCGUGGAAGACGCUGUAGCAAUGGUGCAGCGAGAAGGAGAUGCAGAGUCAGGCCUUGCUGGUUUCGUCACGGUGCGUUAUGAUGCCGCAGAAUCUCUUCAAGCUGCCGAUGAUAGCCAAGAAUCACAGCUUGUUCAAUUCUGGGAAGACCGCUUUGACGACGAUAUGUAUGACCCUCUCGAGAGUUUGCUGGCUGAAACGAUUGGCAGAGACUUUGUUGGUUGGACAUCAAUGUACGAUGGUGCUGAUAUUAACAAGGACGAGAUGAACGAAUGGCUUGACGACACACUUGAAACCCUAAUCCACAGUGGGCUUCACGAGAAUGUCCUCGAGAUAGGCACAGGUACGGGAAUGGUCCUUUUCAAUCUACCUGUCGAAGAUCUUCAAAGCUACAUCGGCCUUGAGCCUGCAGCUCGGGCUGUGGCGUUUACAUUGAAGGCUGCCAAAGCAAUUCCUUGCCUAGAGGACAAGGUCAAAAUCUUCAAAGGCACAGCAGCAGACCUUGGGCAACUCCUCAGCAAGUCCAUACCAUCUAGCCUUGUCGUUAUGAACUCUGUUGUCCAAUACUUCCCUAGCCAGGAGUAUCUUUUCAAGGUCAUCCAAGAACUCAUCGCAUUCCCAAGUGUAAAGACGAUAUUUUUUGGAGAUAUCCGGUCGUAUGCGAUAAAUGAAGACUUCCUUUGUAAGAGAGCCUUGUACAUUGCUGGCGAGAACGCUACCAAGGAAGACAUUCAACGUAUUAUGAGUGACAUGAGACAGGGUGAAUCCGAGCUACUAGUUGAUCCAACCUUUUUCACCGGUCUUCCGGCUCGCUUACAGGGUCAGAUUGAGCACGUUGAGAUUCUACCCAAGAAGAUGCAUGCUACGAAUGAACUGAGUUCCUACCGAUAUGCAGCUGUCGUCUAUCUCAAGACUGACAGUCAGCAGACAUCACAGAAUGUGCACCACAUCGACCAAAACGAGUGGAUUGAUUUCGUGGAACAAGGCCUCGACCGCCAGUCCAUCUUGCAGCUUCUGAAACAGAACAAAGAUUCUGACAAGGUCAUCGCCAUAGGCAACAUCCCCAAUAGCAAAACAAUUGUUGAGAGACAUGUAGUCGACUCAGUCAAUAGCCUAGGCGACGAGGGCAAUGCAAACUGGCUGUCAUUUGCUCGUCAAAAGGCUCAGGAAUGCCGUUCACUUUCGGCAGUAGGACUAGAUUCAUUAGCCAGGCAGGAGGGAUUCCGAGCGGCAGUCAGCUGGGCGCGACAAUAUUCCCAGCAUGGAGGCCUCGACGUCGUGUUCCAUCGGUAUCAGCCGCAAGAUGACAAGGCUAGAGUCAUGUUCAGAUUUCCUACCGACAGCCACGACCGACCACAUCACUUACUCACAAGCCAGCCUUUGAACCUCCAGUUCAAGGAAAAUGUACAUUCCAAGGUUUAUGAACUCGCGCGUAGUAGGCUCCCGCCUUAUAUGAUCCCAGAUAUCAUCUUAGUCCUUGAUAAGAUGCCGCUUAAUCAAAACGGCAAAGUUGAUCGCCGCGCGUUGAGGAAAAUCUUGGAGAGCCGUACAGCACAGCAUAAGCCAUCUCAACAGCCAACAACGGAUACUGAGGCGCAGAUACAAGGUUUAUGGGGCCAAGUGUUGCAAAUGGAGGCAAGCAUGAUUGGUUUAGGAAGCAGCUUCUUCCACCUUGGAGGUAAUUCAAUAGCCGCCAUGAAGGUUUCCGGUGAAGCUCGCAAGAUUGGUUUAGAAAUAUCUGUAGCAGACGUCUUCCGCUAUCCUUGCCUGCGUGAUAUAGCCAGCCACGUCCACAACUUAAGUCCGGGACAAGGGAAACUUGGUUGCAUCCCGCGGACGGAUAGGGAUGGACCAGUCGAGCAGUCGUUUGCUCAAGAGCGGUUGUGGUUCCUUGAUCAAUUGUAUCCGAACUCGACAUGGUAUCUGAUGCCUUGGACAAUCCGACUACAAGGACCGCUACAGAUUUCAGCGCUCAACGUGGCUUUGACCGCGCUAGAGAGCCGACACGAGGCGUUGAGAACUAUUUUCCAGUCUCAGAACGGUUCGAACAUGCAAGAAGUACUGCCCAUCCAGCCCACAGAGCUGGACAUUAUCGAUAUUCCCAGCGAUGCGGAGGCCUUGAGUCAAGCUUUGUACAAGAAUCAAACCACGCCUUUUGACCUGAAGAGGGAGCCCGGCUGGAGGGUGAGACUCUACCGAGCCAACAAGGACAACCACGUGUUAUCCAUUAUUAUGCAUCACAUUAUCUCAGAUGGAUGGUCAGCAGAUGUGAUAAGCCGUGAGCUAGCGACUUUCUACUCCGCUGCCCUUAGAGGAGAAGAGCCUACUUCAAAAGUUGAGCCAUUGCCAAUUCGAUACCGUGAUUACUCUGUUUGGCAGAAGCAGCAAGGCCAGGCCGAAGAGCAUCAACGGCAGCUUAAAUAUUGGCUCGCGCAGCUUGAAACAAGCCGGCCGGCCGAGCUGAUCUGUGACAAGCAGCGACCGGAAGCUUUAUCAGCUCAAGCUGGCGUGGAAGAGGUCAAAAUUGAAGGUGCCUUAUUUGAUGGUUUGACCAAAUUUUGCAGACACCGGAGCGUGACACCAUUUGUCGCACUUCUGGCUGCCUUCCGAGCGACGCAUUAUCGCCUUUCCGGCUCAAGUGAUGCCACACUUGGCACGCUCAAUGCUAACCGCGAUCGUUGGGAGCUGAAGAACAUGGUCGGGUUCUUCAUAAAUCUACAGUGCAUCCGCAUCAAGGUUCAGGAUUGUUCCUUUGACGACCUUGUCAGUGAUGUUCAUUUGACGACAGUUGCUUCUAUGGAAAACCAAGAUGUCCCGUUUGACAUGAUUGUCUCUGAGCUCCACAAAGACAAGGACAGAGACAUGUCCCGUCAUCCCAUGGUCCAAAUCGUGUUUGUUCUACAUUCCCAGGAGGGCUUAGGAAAGUUUGCUUUUGAGAAUAUUAACACAGAGUCCAUCGAUGCUCCUGUUACAACCAGGUUUGAUAUCGAGUUCCAUGUCUAUCAAGGCAAAAACUCUUUAGAAGGCCAGAUGAUCUAUUCUACUGACCUAUACAAGCCUGAGACAAUUAAAAAUAUCCUAUCAGUAUUUAGCAAACUGCUCAAGUCCGCAAUCGCGGAACCCAAGGUUCCAAUAGCCUCAUUACCGUUAUUGACCGAAGCUGAUCACGGUGUUUUGGAUAAGCUAGGCCUGAUACGCCUACCUAGAACAAAUUAUCCUCGUGACUCAAGUGUCAUUGAUAUCUUCCGUCACCAAGUAGCAGCCAAGCCCAGCGGCAUCGCAAUCAAAGAUUCUUUUAUGCAACUGACAUACGCGGAACUGGAAACAAGAAGUAACACAGUGGCUCGCUGGCUGGUCAAACGAUCCUUACCUGCAGAAACGCUUGUUGGCGUUCUCUCAAGACGGUCUUGUUACACUAUUGUUGCCUUUUUAGGUAUCCUCAAAGCUAACCUUGCCUACCUUCCGCUCGAUAUCAAGACUCCUAGCGCUAGGAUUGAGGCUAUUCUCUCAGCAAGCCCAGGCCGUAAGUUGGUCUUGGUUGGCUCCGAGAUACAACCACCCGUAAUGGAGUCACAGACGCCUGAGUUUGUUCAUCUCACAGAUAUUCUGGACGUUCAUGUGCCAAGCACAAAUAGUGCCUCCCAGGAAGAUGGAGAAAAUAUAAGUUCAGCGCCUUCGGCCACUAGCCUUGCCUACGUCAUGUUUACAUCUGGUUCUACUGGAAGACCAAAGGGCGUCAUGGUUGAACACCGUGGUAUAGUGCGAUUGGUUAAGGAGUCCAACAUAGCCUCCUAUCUGCCAACCUGCCCAACCAUGGCCCAUGUGACUACAAUUGCAUUCGACAACUCAACAUGGGAGAUAUACGCAGCCCUGCUCAACGGCGGCACUUUACUUUGCGUCGAUGAUGCAACGGUCCUAGAGAGUGCAGCUCUCGGUGGGCUCUUUGCUCGGGAAGGCGUGGAGGCUUCCAUGUUGACACCUAUACUGCUCAAGCAAUACUUGUCGGGAUGCCCUGCUGCGAUAGGCGGAUUGAAAAUGCUAUGUGUUCAAGGAGAGCGAGCUGAUCCUAUCGAUAUGAUGACAACCCAACAGCUAAUGGCAGGUGGCGUAGUUAUCAAUGCGUACGGGCCGACGGAAAACACGGUCACAAGUACCUUCUUCUGUGUGGACGAGGGAGACCCUUGCACCAACGGACUGCCUAUUGGUCAGACUCUGAGCAACUCUGGUGCAUAUGUCAUGGACCCGAAUCAGUCUCUAGUCCCGCUUGGCGUUGUGGGCGAGCUCGUGGUGACAGGAGAUGGUUUGGCCCGAGGCUACACUGAGCCUCAAGAUAAUAUCAAUCGCUUCAUUACAGUCACUAUCGGCACAGAACGGGUUAAAGCAUAUCGAACAGGCGAUUAUGUGCGCCAUCGUCCAGCAGAUGGCCAGCUCGAGUUCUUCGGGCGCAUUGAUGGACAGGUCAAGGUCCGGGGCCAUCGUAUUGAGCUGGGGGACGUCGAACAUGUCCUGCGCAAACAUACCGGUGUUCAUAACGCCGUAGCCGUGUUACAUGAGAACGGCCAAGAAUCCGGCAUCGCUGGGUUUAUCACAGUUCCUGAAAACUAUGCAGAAGCUGAGCAAGGUACUCAGAGCGAUAGUCAGGAAUCUGAGUUGGUUCAGUCAUGGGAGGGUCGGUGGAACACAGAUACCUAUGGCACGCUGGAACAAAUGCGACCAGAGAUGAUCGGAAGAGACUUUAUCGGCUGGACUUCGAUGUAUGACGGGGAAGAUAUUGAUAAGGGAGAGAUGAAUGAAUGGCUCGACGAAACAAUCGACACGAUAACAAAUGGUCGGUCCCCGGAGCAUGUCCUUGAGAUCGGAAGUGGUUCAGGCAUGGUGCUCUUUAAUCUUUCCAAACGAGGGAUAAAGAGCUACAUCGGCCUCGACCCGUCUUCGAGAGCGAUAGAUUUCAUUAACAAAACAGUUUUUUCCCUCCCACAGCUCAAGGGCAAGGUCAAGAUGUUCAAGGCCACAGCAACAGACCUCAGUCGAUUGAGCCUAGAUGACCGGAGCCUUCCAUCUCUCAUCAUCAUAAAUUCCGUUGCCCAAUACUUCCCUAGUCAGGACUACCUGUUUAGGACCAUUCAAAGCAUGAUUGAGCUCAAACAAGCGAAAACAAUAUUCCUUGGCGAUAUUCGUUCCUUUGCCCUGCACAGGGAGUUCUUGGUGUCACGAGCAAUAAACAUGACAGGAGAAAAAGUAGAACAGGGCCAGCUUCAACGUGUCUUGCGUGAUAUGGAAAGAGCCGAGUCGGAACUUCUAAUUGAUCCAGCCUUCUUCACAGGUCUACCUGAUCGCCUACCCUGUAUCGAGCAUGUUGAGAUUCUCCCCAAGAGGAUGCAUGCCACGAAUGAACUUAGCUCUUAUCGAUUCGCAGCUGUCAUUCAUGUCAAGAAGAAGGGCCCAGCCAAAGCGAAAAGACACAUCCAUGAUAUUGCCAAGGACGCUUGGGUUGACUUUGCCUACCAAGGGCUAAACUCUCAGUCAAUCCGUCAACUCAUUCAACGCCAGCUCACCUCGGGCGGUGUUGUUGCUGUGAGCAAUAUUCCCCAUCAAAAGAUUGUGAUAGAAAGACAUAUCAUCAAUGCUCUCGAUAGCUAUGCAGACGGCGAGGACCCAAGUAAAAGUAAUGACCACUGGCUCCCGUCAGCCCGCGCGAAAGCCCAACGCUGCCAGAGCCUCUCUCCGAUGGACCUGGUUGAGAUAGCCGCAGAAAUGGACUGCCGAGUGGAGCUCAGUUGGGCUCGACAGCGUGCCCAGCGCGGAGGCCUAGAUGCCAUUUUCCAUCGUCAGCGUUCAACCAGUGGAGGAGAGAGCAGGGUGUUGUUUCGGUUCCCAGGGGAAGAUCAGGACCGGGCUUGCCAUUCGCUGAGUAGCCACCCACUGAGGCUCCGGCUCAGGCAGAGUAUUCGAUCCAACGUAUUGGAAGCUGCAUCAAACCAACUACCGUCUUAUAUGGUUCCCAGUACCCUCACUAUCCUGGAUGCAAUUCCGGUCAAUGACAACGGCAAAGUUGACCGCCGAGCUCUGUUGAAAAUCCUCCAGACGGAAACGGCAGAGCGAAAGCCAACUCGCCAGCCAACUUCAGAAGCAGAAAUACAGAUGCAGGCAAUAUGGGCACAAGUGCUUAAUAUUAAAUCAGCCUCUAUUGGUGUAGAAGACAGCUUCUUCCAUCUUGGCGGAAACUCUAUUGCGGCUAUGAAAUUGGUCGGUGAGAUUCGCAAGCUUGGUCUCGAAAUAUCAGUAGCCGACAUCUUCCGUCGUCCCCUGCUCCAUGACAUGGCCGAGAAAGCACGUUUUACGCCCGAUGCAAUUGGGAUCAAGCCACGGGCCAGGUCUAGCGAGCCGGCUCAGCAAUCGUUUGCUCAGGAGCGGUUGUGGUUCUUGGAUCGCCUACAUCCAGGGUCGACCUGGUAUAUUAUGCCCGCCGCCUUUAGAUUCAAAGGACAUCUUCAGGUCCAGGCUCUACAGACCGCAUUGCUCGCAUUGGCAAAACGUCAUGAAGUUCUUCGAACAACCUUCUCAGAAGCCGAGGGGCUCAAUAUACAGAUUGUCCAUCCUUACGUGGAAAAAAAUGCUCCUGUGAUUGAUGUCUCAAGCGACGAUGAGAACAAUCUGAUAGAAUUUAUACGAAAAGACCAGAGAACUCCUUUCGAUUUGCAGAAAGAGCCGGGUUGGAGAAUUGCCAUUUACUGUUCAGGCGAAGAUCAUAUUCUAUCUUUGGUAAUGCAUCACAUCAUUUCGGAUGGCUGGUCCAUUGAUAUUAUCCGUAAGGAGCUGGCAACAUUCUACUCUGCUGCCAUUCGAGGCCAUGAUCCAUUGUCGCAAGUCGAGCCCCUACCAAUACAGUACUCGGACUAUUCACUUUGGCAACGGCAGCAAACCAAUGAGAAUGAACGGCAGCUUGAGUACUGGGUCACACAACUGGAAAAUAGUCGACCAGCAGAAUUCCUUCUUGACAAUCCCCGACCGGCAAUCCCCUCUGGAACGGCCGAAGUGGAAGAGUUUAGAGUUGAAGGGGAGUUAUACCAACGCUUGAAGAGCUUCUGCAAAGAGCACUCUGUUACGCUCUUCGUUGUUCUCCUUACAGCCUUUAGAGUAACCCAUUAUCGCCUUACUGGUGUUGACGAUGCGAUAAUAGGGAGUCCUAAUGCUAAUCGCGAUAGAUGGGAGCUUAAGAACCUUAUCGGCUUCUUCGUCAACAUGCAGUGCAUUCGGAUUAAGAGCACAGAUAAUUCAUCCUUUGAGCAACUGGUUCGUCAAGUCCACGAAACCAUAAUCUCCUCCUUUGCAAACCAGGAUAUACCUUUUGAGAGGGUUGUUUCAGAGUUGCAGAAAGAGCGAAACAUUUCCCGUCAUCCACUAGUUCAAGUAGCCUUUGCACUUCACUCCCAGAUUGAUCUCGGCAAUUUUGCCUUGGAGGGCGUUGAGAUGGAGGGAAUACCUAUGCCCCUCUCUACCCGCUUUGAUCUUGAACUUCAUUUGUAUGAGGAAACGCGUGCUAUACAAGGACAGAUGAUAUUCUCCACUAGCCUCUACGAGCCUGGCACAAUCAAGAGCAUUCUGUCUGUCUUACACCAAAUCCUCGAUCAAGGUCUUACUCAGCCUUCGGUCCCGGUUAGUACGAUACCAUUAAUGUCUGAGAACAGCUUCUCGGAUCUCGAGAGACAAUAUCAAAUUCAGCCUCACGUAACAGACUACCCGCGAGAGUCGAGCAUUGUUGAGGUUUUCAAACAACAGGUGACAGCCAACUCUACAAAGGUUGCAGUCAAAGAUUCAACUUCCCAACUGACCUACGCCGAGCUGGAUCACAAAUCCAACGUACUAGCUAGAUGGCUCUCACAACGUUCUUUAUCACCUGGAACAAUCAUUGGCGUGCUAGCAAACCGAUCAUGUCACGCAAUUGUUGCAUUUUUCGGCAUUCUCAAGGCCAAUUUGGCUUACCUGCCCAUGGAUGUAAAAAUUCCUGCUCGCCGGAUCGAUGUUAUCCUGUCAUCUAUUCCAAAUCAAAAGAAACUUGUCUUACUAGGGCCCAAUGUUUCCAGGCCUAGCCUCCAAUCGCCAGAUACAGAGCUUUUCUGCAUAGUUGACGCCUUGAGAAUGGAAGGUGAGAGCACGUUAAGGAACUCGUCACUGAAAACACAAAACUUGACGGUACCGUCGGCCACGAGUCUCGCAUAUGUCAUUUUCACUUCCGGGUCGACAGGCGUACCAAAGGGAGUCAUGAUAAACCACCGUAAUGUCAUCAGCCUGGCAAAGCAGAAUAAUCUAGUCGACCGAAUUCCUAGCAUGGCAGCGAUGGCUCAUAUGUCAAAUCUUGCCUUCGAUGCAUCAACUUGGGAAAUAUACACUGCCUUACUGAAUGGCGGUACAGUAGUCUGUAUUGAUUCCAUGACUAUGCUAGACCCUGUCGCCGUGUCUGACAUAUUCUCUCGCGAGAAUGUAGAGCUCAUGUUCCUGACCCCGAGUCUGCUCAGUCAGUACGUUCAGUACCCAUCCCUUUUCAAGAAUAUACGCGCGCUUCUUGUGGGAGGAGAGCGCUGCAACCCAGAGGACAUACAAGCUGUGAAACGAGGAUUCCGAGGAGAUCUUUUUAACGUAUAUGGGCCUACUGAAAAUACAGGCAUCAGUACAUUCUAUUGUAUCCCAGAUACAGAGCAAUAUACCAAUGGAGUCCCUAUUGGCCAGCCUAUGAGUAACUCUGGAGCUUAUGUCAUGGAUCCGCAACAGAAAAUGCUCCCAAUAGGUGCCAUUGGUGAAUUAGUAGUUACAGGUGACGGUGUAUCAAGAGGAUAUAUCGAUUCAAAGCAAGAUACCAACCGGUUUGUCAUGAUCAGGGUUGGAGCAGGUCAGGUCAGAGCCUACCGCACCGGGGAUUAUGUCCGCCGUCGUCCCCAUGAUGGUCAGCUUGAGUAUUUUGGUCGUAUAGAUGGCCAAGUCAAGGUCAGAGGACAACGCUUUGAAAUUGGAGAGAUUGAUCAUCUCCUGCGAAGUCAUGCUCAAGUGGGCAAUGCUGCAGCAGUAUUGACGGACGACCCAGAAACACAAAUUGCGGCUUUCAUCAUCAUCAAAGAAGAGUUGAAUGCCCAAACACAAAAUGAGUUGGGGAACGCAGAGUUACAGCUUGUAGAAGAGUGGGAGGGACGUUUUGAUUCGGAAACCUACCAGGCUAUCGAUGAUAUGGACUUUGACAACCUCGGACAGGACUUCAUCGGUUGGACUUCAAUGUAUGAUGGAAAGGAUGUUGAUAAGGAGGAAAUGUCCGAGUGGUUAGAAGAUACGAUGGACAACCUGCUGGGUAGCGGCCACAUAGUUCGCCACGUUCUAGAGAUUGGAACAGGUUCUGGGAUGAUUUUGUUCAAUCUGGAUGAAGGACUCGAAAGCUAUACUGGGCUUGAGCCGUCGGGGAGGGCAAUCGACUUCAUUGCCAAUGCAACCAAGAUAAAAGUCCCUGAAAUGGCAGACAAGGUAAAAAUGUUCAAGGCCUCAGCCAUGGACAUCAAGAGAGUUCCCCUCCUCUCUUCUCCGGACCUGGUGGUCCUCAAUUCUGUGGUCCAAUACUUCCCAAGCCAGGACUAUCUAUUCCACACCAUCAAAGACCUUCUUGUUUAUAACGAUAUUGAAAGAAUCUUCCUCGGUGACAUUCGAUCCCACGCAACUUACAAAGACUUCCUAUUCAAACGAGCGAUACAUCUCCUGGGCCAAGAUGCAAGCAGAGACGAAGUACGUCGGGUUAUGGCCGAUAUGGAACGAGCUGAGUCUGAAUUGCUCGUCGACCCUGCCUUCUUUACGGGAUUGCUUGACCGUCUUCCUGGCCAACUUGAACAUGUGGAGAUUUUGCCCAAGAAGAUGAAUGCCACCAACGAGCUUAGUGCAUACAGAUAUGCCGCCAUCCUACACGUCAAACCACGCGGCCACGAGCAGCGAGUUCAACUUCAGGAAGUCGGGGCUGGAGAUUGGAUUGACUUUAUGGAACAAGGCUUAAACAAGGAGUCGUUGCAGGAUUUGCUCCAGGAUCACUCUUCUUCAACCAUCGCCAUAUGUAACAUCCCUCAUGAGAAGACAAUCUUUGAACGUUUUGCGGUCGAUUUGCUCAACGAGAACAACGAAACUCCCAAGAACAAGCCCUGGCUCUCCCUGGUACGUCAAAGAGCGCAGCAAUGCCCCUCUCUCUCUGCGGUUGAUCUUGUCGGCCUGGCCGAGCAAGCUGGGUAUGAAGUGGAAAUUAGUUGGGCCCGGCAAUACAGUCAACGCGGUGGCUUAGACGCCAUAUUCUACCGCGCAGAUCAAGGCAAGGCUAGGAUCAUGCAUCGAUUCCCUACCGAGCAACGUCACCGACCGCUUCACUCACUUAGCAGCCACCCGAUGCGUCAGCAGAUUAGGCAGACGAUUCGGAAAGAAAUACAGGAGCUACUAGAGUCCGAGUUGCCUUCAUAUAUGAUUCCUCAAACAAUCAAGAUAAUUGACAGUAUGCCUAUCAACAGUAGUGGCAAGAUUGAUCGAAAGGCGCUGGCUCAGAGUCUCGACGUUCAGGUCGCAGCCGGUCGGACGACGAAGCAACAGCCAGCCACUGAUACAGAGCGACAAUUGCAGGGGCUUUGGGCCCACGCUCUCAAAAUCGAGCCAGCAGCUAUAGGCCUUGGCGAUGACUUCUUCAAGUUGGGAGGAAAUUCCAUCACUGCUAUGGCGCUCGUCGCCGAGGCACGCAAAGUUGGCAUCCAGAUCGCCGUGGCAGACAUCUUUCGGCAUCCAUCCCUGCAUGGGCUCUCCAAGCAGAGCGUUCAUGGCUUCGCCAACGAGGAGAAGAUACCGCCUUUUGCUCUCCUAGGGGAGGGCAUUGAUGCCGAGUCUUCCAUUUCCAGUGUUUGCAGCACAUACGGCCUGGACGCAGAAACUAUCGAGGACAUGUAUCCUUCCACGCCACUCCAGGAAGGCCUCAUGGCACUGACCUCGAGGAAUACAGGACAGUACGUUGCACAGAAUGUCAUUGCUCUCGAGUCGGGCUCUACAGCCAAUGAGGUCCGUGAGGUAUGGAACACGGUCGCUCGAGAGCUGCCGAUCCUGCGCACCAGGUUUGUCCAACACCACAGCCUUGGCCUCUUGCAGGUCAUAUUGGACGAAGAAAUUCACUGGGCCGACGCGACUGGUCUGGACCAAUACCUCGAGGCCGACCGUGAGCAAUCAAUGGAUUUGGGUGAGCCUCUUGCUCGUUACGCGCUUGUCAAGGACGACACUGGCAAAAUCACAUGGCUUGUCUGGACAAUUCACCAUGCCCUUUAUGACGGUUGGUCCAUUGGGCUCAUCACCGAUGCAAUGAACCGGGCCACUCGAGGUGAAGCAAUCACACCUGGGCCUCAGUUCCAGUCCUUCAUCAAGCACAUCAAGCGCCAGGACUCCAAGGCUUCGAUGACUUAUUGGUCCGAUGCUUUGGCCAAUAAUACAUUCACCAUAUUCCCCAAGCCGCCAGGAUCGGUUGAGCAACCAGUGACUGACAGAGUCCUCCAUCAUCGUCUCUCGUACUCGGUGAGCCAGGAGCUGGGUGUCACUGCCCCAACAAUGAUACGCGCCGCAUGGGCUUUAGUCGCCGGACAGAUGACCAACUCGGAGGACGUCGUCUUUGGUGCUACCGUGUCUGGACGAAACGCGCCUGUGGCCGGCAUUGAAAAUAUGGUUGCUCCCACAUUUGCAACAGUUCCUGUCCGGAUAAAGCUGCCGGGCUCCCAGACCGUCACGAAGUAUCUGGAAGCUAUAAAGCAACAGGUAGCUGACAUGGUACCUUUCGAGCAGACUGGCUUGAACCAGAUUGCCAGUGCUUCUGCCGAUAGCCGGGAAGCAUGUGCGUUUCAAACGUUGCUUGUUAUUCAGCCUCAGAAAACUCAGACUACUGGCGACGAGGACACUGAGCAGUCAUCUAACAAAGCUGAGGCAGCUGACCAGCAACGCUGGUUCAACACGUAUGCACUCAUGUUUGAGAUACAAAUUGGCCAGGAAAGCCAUUCGGUCAGGGCCAGCUUUGACUCGAGGGUCAUCGAGGCAUGGGAGGUUCGUGGUCUACUGAACAGGCUUGAGUUUGUGAUGCAGCAGCUAGGAAAGCCCAACACGCAAUCGCGAGGCACCUUGGCCGAAAUGAAAGUCCUCGCCCCGCAGGAUCUUGAACAAGUGUGGCAAUGGAACAGAUCUCUUCCUCCGCCAAUCGAGCGGUGUGUCCAUCAUGUCGUACAGGAACGAGCACGAUCUCAGCCUACAGCCCCUGCCAUCUGCGCUUGGGACGGCAACCUCUCUUACAAACAGCUGGACCAGCACGCGGACAGGUUAGUCGGCCAGUUGCUCAAUCUAGGCGUUGAGCGGGAUACUCUGGUGCCGCUCUGUUUUGACAAGUCAGUAUGGACACCCGUUGCUAUGCUCGCUGUACUCAAAGCCGGCGGCGGCUUUGUGCUGCUCGACCCUUCGCUCCCUGAGCAGCGUCUCAGGUCUAUUUUGCAGCAGAUCAAGACCUCCUUUAUUCUCUGUUCCUCUGUCAACAAAGAACAGUGCUCAAAAUUGUCCGAGACAGUGGUCGAGAUCAGCCGUGAGACGGUAAGCCAACUCAACCCAAAGCCUGUUCCAGCACCGAGCACCCAACAGCCAUCUUCAACAAUGUUUGCCGUUUUCACCUCGGGCACCACAGGCACGCCAAAGGGAGUAAUGCUAUCACAUCAAGACUUCUGCUCCGGGCUACGAUAUCAGACGCAGCAUCUUGGUUUUCACAAAGCCUCGAGGGUAUUCGACUUUGCAUCAUAUGCCUUUGACAUCUCUGUCCACAACGUCUUUGCCACGCUCGUCACUGGAGGAUGCUUGUGUGUUCCUUCCGAGACUGAUCGCCGCAACGAUGUCACCAAGGCAAUGGCAGAUAUGAAAGUUACACUUGCCAAUCUCACCCCAUCCGUGGCGCGUCUUAUUGACCCGAGCGCCGUUCCUGAACUGGAAACUCUAAUCCUUGCAGGUGAAGCAGUAUUCCUGGAUGAAGUAGAGCGGUGGUGGCGCAAAGCUCGGAUUGUCAACGCUUACGGACCUGCUGAGUGUAAUAUUAGCACAAUAAACAGUGAGCAGUCGAGCCCCGAAUCUAUAACUCGCAUAGGCAAAGGUGUGGGCGCAGUGACUUGGGUUGUGGAUCCGGAUAACCAUGAGUCUCUGCUUCCGCCUGGAUGUGUAGGCGAACUCCUCCUCGAAGGUCCAAUCGUCGGACGUGGCUACCUCAAUGAUCCUGCCAAGACGGCUGAGGCCUUCAUUACUGACCCAGAGUGGCUGCUUCAAGGUGCUACUGGUCAACAGGGACGCCGUGGUCGGCUCUAUAAGACAGGAGAUCUAGUCAAAUACCACGAUGACGGUAGCCUAUCCUUUGUUGGCCGAAAGGACGCUCAAGUCAAAAUCCGCGGUCAGAGAGUCGAGCUAGGAGAAGUCGAGCGGCGAGUCCAGGAUUGCGUCGCAGGAUCUACACAAGUUGUGGCCGAGGUCAUCGUACCACGGGGCGUGGAUUCAAGCCCGGUGAUAGUGGCGUUCCUCUUGGGAGAAGGGCGGGAGUCACCUCGUGAAAACGGCUCCGGCAAAGACGUAGCUCCCAAGUUGCUGGCUAUACCUGCAGACAUGAAGGGCAGACUAGCACAGGACCUUCCCAGCUACAUGAUGCCGGCGGCCUUCGUAUCUGUCCGGAACAUUCCCAUCACGUCAACGGGAAAGACCGAUCGCAGACGAUUACGUGAAGAGGGUUCGUCUUUCUCAAGCUCCCAACUAGCCGAGCUACACACGGGGGCGCAAGAACCGAAGAAGCAGCCCACUACGGAUAUAGAGCGACAGAUGCAGGAGAUAUGGGCCAAGGUCCUCGGCAUCGAGCAAUCCUCCAUUGGUGUAGACGACAGCUUUAUCCACCAGGGAGGCAACUCCAUCACGGCCAUGAGAGUAGUGGCCGAGGCUCGCAACGCUGGUCUUCAGCUCUCCGUCGCCGAUAUUUUCCGCAGUCCCAAGUUGCAUCAAGUUGCCAGCCAAAUGACCAGGUCUCACCCUGGGAACACUCACUGCCGCAUCCCACGUCUGCCAGCAGGACACAAGUCUGAGCAGUCUUUUGCACAAGAACGCCUCUGGUUCAUGGAUCAGCUGUACCCCGGUCUCACUUGGUAUCUUAUGCCGCUGGCAAUGAGACUACGAGGGCCGCUCCAGGUCGAGGCGCUUGAACUCGCACUGCUCUCGUUAGAGCGUCGCCACGACACCCUCAGAACAGUCUUUGGGAGUGAAGGAGGCGUUAAUAUGCAGUACAUUCGCCCCUUCCAGAACAAGAAACUAAGGGUUGUCGAUGUUCAGUCUCAAAACGACGCCAUGCAGGCCGUCAAGGAGGAGCAAACAAUUCCCUUCAACCUCGAGACUGAUCCAGGGUGGAGAGCUUCGGUCUAUCGCCUUGGCCCAAAUGAGCACAUUCUUUCCAUUGUUAUGCACCAUAUCAUCUCUGACGGAUGGUCAAUUGACGUUAUCCGCAAGGAAUUGAUUGCAUUCUACUCAGCAGCCAUUCGCGGCCAGGACCCUCUGGGCAAGGCAGAGUCCUUGCCGAUUCAAUACCGGGACUUCUCCGCUUGGCAGAAAAAGCGACAGAGUAAGACUGGCGAAUACCAACGACAGCUUGACUACUGGGUUGGUCAACUAGACACCAGCCGCCCAGCCGAACUCUAUUGUGAUAAACCUCGGCCGCCAACCCUGUCUGGCGCGGCAGGUGUACAGCAACUUUCAAUCGACGGACAACUAUACAAGCGCGUUCAGAGCUUUUGCAAGAAUCAAGAGGUCACGCCUUUCGUUGUGCUCCUAGCUGCUUUCCGGGCUGCCCACUAUCGUCUUACAAGCAUCGAAGAUGCAACUAUAGGUACUGCAAAUGCGAAUCGUGACUGGCCGGAGCUCAAGAGCUUGGUAGGCUUCUUUGUUAACAUUCAGUGUAUUCGCAUUCGAGUAGAGGGUGAAUCAUUUGAGCAGUUGGUUCGCCAGGUCCAAGCCACAACCGUUGCCUCCUUCGCCAACCAGGAUGUCCCGUUCGAGAGCAUCGUCUCGAAGCUGAGAAAGGCCCGAGAUGUCUCUCGACACCCAAUAGUCCAGAUGGCGUUUACAGUACAUUCACACACCGACAUGGGCAACUUCUCCUUCGAAGGCAUCGAAAUGGAGCCAGUAUCGCCAAAGAUGACUACUAGGUUUGAUCUCGAGUGCCAUUUCUUCCAAGUCGAUGAUGCGCUCCACGGACAGAUCAUCUACUCGUCCGAUCUCUACGAGGAAGACACAAUACGCAAUCUGCUGUCUGUCUUCAAUAAUGUAUUGAACCAAGGUCUAGCACAACCUGGGACUCCAAUCAUAUCCCUCCCACUGUUGAUUGACAGCGAUUAUCAAACCCUUGAUAACAUGGGCCUGAUUCAGAUUCACAAAACAGAUUAUCCACGAAACUGUAGCAUCAUUGAGGUUUUCAGCCAACAGGUGGCGAAUUUCCCUGGAAAGAUAGCUGUGAAGGACAAAUCCACGCAGAUGUCGUAUUCUCAGCUAGACCGAGCCUCUGAUGUUAUUGCACGCUGGCUGGCUACACGCUCGUUACCAGCGGAAAGCCUAGUCGGAGUUCUUGCAACCCGAUCUUGCUAUACUGUUGCGGCUUUCCUGGGAAUACUCAAAAACGCUCUAGCGUACCUCCCGCUUGAUACCAAAUUGCCCGCGGGCAGGCUUGAAAACAUUCUAUCGUCUAUCCAGGGCCACAAGCUCAUCCUUCUUGGUCAGGAUAUAGAGGCUCCAGCUCUACAUCUUCAAGCUGUAGAGUUUAUUCGUAUCGAGGAUAUUCUCGACGAAAAAGCUCCAUCAAAAGGCAUCACUCAACGGGCCAAGCCGCGCGUUGAGCCCUCACCCCAAACUCUCGCCUAUGUCAUGUUCACAUCCGGGUCCACAGGAAAGCCCAAGGGUGUUAUGGUAGAGCACCGUAGCAUAUUACGCAUGGUGAAGCAGAAUAACCUGGUAAAAUAUCUGCCCAAUCAGCCCACCACAGCCCAUAUUUCAAAUAUAGCCUUUGAUAUGUCGACAUGGGAGAUCUUCUCUACUCUGCUAAACGGCGGAACUCUCAUCUGUCUAGAAUAUUCGACCCUUCUAGAUUCCUUAGCCAUCAGAGAUAUCUUCUCCACAGAGAAGAUCGAUACCAUUCUUAUCACGCCAGCUCUAAUGAAGCAAUACUUACUCGAAAACCCUGAUAUCUUCACCGGACUUCAUACACUCCUUGUGGGAGGAGACCGAGCUGACCCAAAUGAUCUGUUCGCUGCUCGAAGACUUAUCAAAGGGGAGCUUGUCAAUGCAUACGGGCCGACGGAGAAUACAUGCGCAAGCACAAUAUAUUGCCUAUCUCAAUCAGAACCUUGUCUUAACGGCGUACCUAUCGGAAAGUCUAUAGACAACUCGGGAGCAUAUGUCAUGGAUGCACAGCAACGCCUCGUACCCAUCGGUGUUGUUGGCGAGCUUGUGGUGACAGGUGAUGGUCUCGCCAGAGGAUAUACCGAUGCUACGCAGAAUGCCGGUCGGUUUGUUGAGGUGGCUAUUGGCCCCAACCGCACCAGAGCUUACCGCACCGGAGACUAUGUUCGCUACCGUCCAACAGACGGCCAGCUAGAGUUUCUGGGAAGAAUCGAUGGGCAGGUCAAGAUUCGAGGACAGCGGGUGGAGUUGGCCGAAGUGGAGCAUGUACUCAAUAGCCAUAAGGCGGUAUCAAGUGCUGUUGCUGUUCUUCAGAAUAUAGAAGAGGAGCAGGAACGUGUUGUAUCUGGCUUCGUCACUAUCUGCGAAGACGACCAUUUGGCCGAUGCCGAACCCGUCCAAGAAGAGGAAUCGCAACACGUCGAGGUAUGGCAAGAACGCUUCAAUACUAAAACAUAUAGUCCUAUCGAUGAUAUCCAAGCCAAUAGCAUCGGCAGAGAUUUCGUAGGAUGGACAUCAAUGUACGAUGGAAAGGAUAUUAACAACGAGGAGAUGAGUGAGUGGUUGGAUGAUGCUAUCAACACCAUCCGAAAAAGCGGUCCUUCUGCGCACGUUGUUGAGAUAGGUACGGGGUCUGGGAUGAUUCUGUUCAACAUGUUGGAAACCCUCCAGACCUACGUUGGGCUUGAGCCUUCUGGAAGAGCUAUUGACUUCGUUAAGAGAACAGUCCAUUCCAUGCCCUCACUCAGCAACAAAGUCAAAAUGCUUAAAGCAACAGCAACCGACAUCGCCCAGUAUGGGCUUGGUACUGGACUUGAUAUGGUAAUUCUAAACUCAGUAGUCCAGUACUUUCCUAGUCAAGAUUAUCUUUACAGGGUAAUCCAGGAUCUUGUUGGUCUGGGAGGGGAUACCAAGACGAUAUUCUUUGGUGAUAUCAGAUCCUAUGCCUUGCACAAAGAUUUUCUUGCAGCCCGAGCCAUCCAUGUAGUUGGUGAGAGUCCAAGUAGGGCUGACUUCCGACGAAUAAUGGCUGACAUGGGUCGAGCCGAGUCAGAAUUACUUGUUGAUCCAGCUUUCUUCACGGCUCUGACAACCCGCUUCCCAGAUCAGGUCGAGCAUGUUGAAAUCUUGCCCAAGUUGAUGCUCGCCACCAACGAGCUGAGUUCUUACCGGUACAGCGCCGUCGUCCAUUUGCGGCCCAAGUCCCGGCGUCAGCAUCAGCAGAAGCAGAAGUUACAGGUCCAUGAUAUCAGUCAAGAUGAGUGGACUGACUUCGCCGCACAGGGAUUGGACCGGAAGACCCUGUCACAAAUGCUGCAAUCUCGAUCGGCGCCGCAUGUUGCUAUUUGCAACAUCCCUCAUAAUAAGUCUAUAUUUGAGAGGCACGUUGUCGACUCGCUUGAUAAUCAGAGCAACGGAGACGUCGAUAACAGCAAUUGGCUCUCGGCUAUUCGUCAAAGGGCAGACAAUGUUCCCUCUUUUUCGGCGAUAGACCUCUCCGAAAUGGCUGCGCAAGCAGGCUAUAGAGUAGAGAUCAGUUGGGCCCGCCAGCACUCGCAACGUGGCGGUCUAGACGCGGUUUUUCAUCAUUAUGAACCAGCCAACAGUGAGAGCAGAGUCAUGUUCAGCUUCCCUACUGAAGACAUCAGUCGUCGGGCGUACGACUCGUUCAGCAACCGGCCCUUACAACAUCAACGGAGGAAGCGAGUGGAACAAGAGCUGCUUGAGAAGCUGCAAGCCCAGUUACCUUCAUACAUGAUCCCCCAAAGCAUUACGAUCCUGGAUAAGAUGCCAAUUAAUGACAAUGGCAAAGUUGACCGUCGAGCACUUGCACACACCGCCAGGCCCCGAAGAAGAGCUCGAGGAAUGAUUCAACAACCGACGACCAAAGCCGAACAGCAAAUGCAGAGCAUCUGGGCAGAAGUCCUGAAAGUGGAUGCUGAAACUAUUGGGCUGGAUGACAACUUCUUCCAACUCGGCGGCGACUCGAUUACAGCCAUGAAGGUAGUUGGUGAGGCUCGUAAGUGCGGCAUGGACGCGACGGUGGCUGAUCUCUUCAGAUGCGACACCCUUGGGUCCCUUGUUCAAGAGCAGGAUGCCAAGAUAGUGCUUGCUGAUGAUGAAGAACUUGGCCAGAUUGCCCUCGUAGAACCCUCCAUCAUGGCAAGUCUCCUUCGGGAGAUUGAUGCCCUGGGUAUUGACAACAUCCGCUCUGCCAACGUCGAAGACAUUUAUCCCAUGACUAGCACCCAAGAGAAGGCCAUAGUUGUCGGCAGGCAAUACAAACAAUUCUGCAACUAUUUCUACCUCGAUAUCGGCAACGACGUCAGCGUACCCUUCCUAGAACGAGGUUGCUUACGGACUCUAGAGAGGUUUCCUAUCCUUCGGGCAUGCUUCCCCCAUCUCAAGGGCAGGUAUUGGUCUGUCAUCCUCCGCCAAUCACACAUGUCUCUUCGCGUGCAGGACAUCAGCGGCGAUUUCGAUGAAUUUUUCUACAACUUUUGCUUCAAAGACAUUAACGAGUUCUCACCGGACCAGCCUCCACUAAUGUUCGUUCUCCUCAGGCACCAGACCCAAGGCAUGAAGCUGGUACUCCGAAUGUCUCACGCUCAAUACGAUGGCCUCUGCGCUCCAAUCAUCUAUCAAUCGCUGCUUGAUGGUGAUGGGACCAUGGCCAUCCCUACCCAGCCGAGCUUGGCGUCCUUCCUAUCCUAUGCUUAUCGCAGGCGCUCCAAAUCCAUAGCGCACUGGAGUUCACUUCUUAAGGGCUCAGGUCUAACCACCAUUCAACCUCAUGUACGAUCACGCGGCAAUUUGGAAUAUUCCGAGGCAAAAGCCAUCAAGAUCGAGGCCGACGCCCAUCUUCCUCAUAGCCCUAGUAAGAUCACCACUGCAACUCUCAUCAGUGCCGCAUGGGCUGUGCUCUUGUCACGUAUAACUGGGUCCGACGACGUCGUCUAUGGCCAUGUAGUCGCCGGCCGCAAUGCUGCACUUCGGGGAAUAGAGAAUGUGGUAGGAUGUCUUCUCAAUGUUAUCCCUGUGCGAGUCAACUUCACAUCUCCCCAGACCUUGGCCGAGAUGCUACAAGCCAUUCAGGAGCAGUUCCUGGCCAUUGGAGAUGCCGACUCACUUUCACUCGGGGAUAUCAUCGAGAACUGUACAGACUGGCCAGCUGGGUCAGACUUUGAAUCAACUAUUCAUCACCGCAAUGUUGAUGAGCACCCAGAGAUUCGGACCCAGCAAGGUCCAGCGCGGGUCCAAUUCUUUGAGAAUAAAGAGCGCCAUGUUCCUGAUGCUAUUAGUAUGAUGUCUUUGGCACAGGGGGAUAAGAUUAGCAUUAUAUUUAGCGCCGGUACUCAUAUGAUGGAAACAGAGACAGCACACAUGCUUGUUGAUGCGCUUGUCAAGAUUAUUGAAGAUUUGAACAAGCACCCUGACGCGUCUCUACAGUCCUGGAUGCAGAAUAUUGAUCUUACAAAGGAUAUGACGAGGGAUAUUUCGAAUUAG